AUGGCAUCGAUUGGUAAUUUUUUGAUAAAAUGGCUACUUGUGGUCGCUUUAGUUGCAAGUGUGUUUAUAAUAUUUUAUUUCACUUCUAUUCAAAAUGAACAGAAUGCUGCACGAAAAUUUCAACUAGUAAAGCAUCCGAAAUUUAAAUUGGAUAGUACGAUGAAGAAGAAUGAAGUAACAGUUGAAAAAUUCGCUGCUGAAACAGACCAUAUGGAGAGUGAAUUAGCUUCUGUUGCAUCACCUCUCUUGGAAGAUACUGAUGAAUAUUCCAUACAAAUAUUCUAUUAUCCAUGGUAUGGAAAUCCAGAAUUUGAUUACGGGAAGUAUUAUCAUUGGAAUCAUCGUUUUAUUCCACACUGGGAUCCAAGUAUCUCAAAACAGUAUCCAACAGGUUUUCAUGUUCCUCCAUUGGAUAUUGGUUCUAGUUUUUAUCCAUUCUUGGGGCCGUAUAGUAGUCGAAAUCCAGCAGUAAUUGAACAGCACAUGAAAUGGAUGUCAUCAGCUGGUAUAGAUGUUGUUAUUGUUUCAUGGUUUCCUCCAAGAAUCUCUGAUGAACAGGGACAUCCAUGGGAUGAUUUAAUGCCUAUCCUGCUAGAUAUUGUAGCCAAGUAUCGCAUGAAAUUAUCUUUCCAUAUGGAGCCUUACAAAGAUAGAAAUGGUGAAUCGCUGCGUACCGACAUCGAAUAUAUUAUUGACAACUAUGGUAAUCAUUCAGCUCUUUAUAGAACGAAACGGCCAAAAUCACGAAGAAGUCUCUUAGUUAAGUCAGAAGAUAGGCAUUCAUUGUUGGCUGCUGGAUUCGAUGGGAUUUAUACAUAUUUUAUAGCUAAGGGCUUUUCUUACGGUUCCACUCCAUCAUCUUGGCCUUCACUGAGCGCCUUUUGCAGGAAAAAUGACUUAAUUUUCAUUCCUUCGGUGGGACCCGGUUAUGAUGAUCGUCGUGUACGACCCUGGAAUGCAGCAAAUUACAGGGAUCGGAUGAAUGGCAAAUAUUAUGCAGACAUGUUUGAAAUGGCUCAUAUUGCAAAGGCAAAUAUCAUAGCGAUAACGUCAUUCAAUGAAUGGCAUGAAGGUACACAAAUCGAACCAGCGAUACCAUUCACUGAUAACAAUACCGGUUUUGUGUACAGUAGUUAUACUCAAGGGCCGGAACAGUAUCUUCACCAAACACUUAAUCUUAUCAAGAAAUAUUUCACUGCAAUGCACAGAAUUGCACCUGAAAAAAUUGUCAAUAUAGUUUAA